AUGGAUUUCAACCUGCUGGCAGAUGCAGAGGCUCGCAGCCCAACCUUGUCUCUCUCGGACUCCGGGACCCCUCAACACGAGCACAGCUGCAAAGGCCAGGACCACAGUGACACCGAGAAGUCCCAGCAAAACCAGACGGACGACUCCAACCCUGAAGACGGCUCGCUCAAGAAGAAGCAGCGGAGGCAGAGGACGCAUUUCACCAGCCAGCAGCUCCAGGAGCUGGAAGCCACUUUCCAGAGGAACCGUUACCCAGACAUGAGCACCAGGGAGGAGAUUGCAGUUUGGACCAACCUGACGGAGGCACGAGUCCGGGUCUGGUUCAAAAACCGCAGAGCUAAAUGGAGGAAACGGGAGAGGAACCAACAGGCUGAACUGUGCAAGAACAGUUUCGGAGCCCAGUUCAACGGACUGAUGCAGCCUUACGAUGACAUGUAUUCCAGCUAUUCCUACAACAACUGGGCCACCAAGGGGCUCGCCACCAGCCCGCUCUCAGCCAAGAGCUUCCCAUUCUUCAACUCCAUGAACGUCAGCCCUCUCUCCUCCCAGCCCAUGUUCUCCCCACCCAGCUCCAUCGCCUCUAUGACCAUGCCUUCAUCCAUGGUCCCUUCUGCGGUGACCGCAGUACCGGCCUCCAGCCUCAACAACCUGGGAAACAUCAACAACCUGAAUAGCCCAAGCCUCAACUCUGCUGUCUCAUCCAGUGCCUGUCCUUACGCCUCAACAGCCAGCCCCUACAUGUACAGGGACACAUGCAACUCCAGCCUGGCUAGCCUGCGGCUGAAGGCCAAGCAGCACGCUAACUUCACCUACCCGACGGUGCAGACGGCGGCUUCCAAUCUGAGCCCUUGCCAAUACGCCGUGGACAGGCCCGUAUGAAGGGCUGCCAUCCGCCAACCAGGGACUUGACCUUAGCCUGACAAAAGGAGACCUUUAGCCCUACAACAGCGUACGUCCUGCAGAGAAUGAGAGUGAACACGAAAGCAAGAGAGUGAGAGAAAGAGCGAGCACGUGAGCGGCGAGCAGGCAGAUGGACCUCCAUGAAGAUUUGUCUAUCGUAUGGUGAUUUUUGACUGUCUCUUUUCCCAAACCCCUUCCUCUCUUGCCCACCAAACCUCCUCCCUUGUGGUAAAGAAACCAAAACAGUCUACUGGAAGCUCCAUGGGGAAAUAGUAG